AUGAUCAAUCCCAUAUCCUUCCGGCCGGGGCCGGUAACCUUCUGGACGACGCUCAUCUACCUGGCCCUGCUGAUACCCAUCGUCAUCAUCAACGAGGAACCACCUGCCGCGCCCAAGACGGCCGAGCCCUUCAAGGGUGUCAACCUCACCGAGGCCUGGCUCGACCUCACCACCAUCACCAGGGCGUACCACCCGUACAACAGCAAGUUCAACGAGGAGGUGCGCAGAUAUCUGCUGGAGAAGGUCGAGUCCAUUUUGGAGGAGAAUGGCGCUACCUGGGUGUUUGAUGACCAAAUGGCCGCCGCUGCAAAGGACGGCAAGUCUGCAGCAGUCACCGUCUUCGAUGACAAUGUGUCGAAUUCCACUUUUGUGAUGGGAAAGUCUAAUGGAACUACCUUCACCCGUACGGAGUCGAUUAAUAACGCCGCUUACUUCGAGGGUACCAACAUCCUGGUUUACAUCCGCGGUAAGGAGGACGAUGACGGUGAUUGGUGGGAGGCCGACUACGUUCAUGGAAUGAGACGCAAUGCGAAGGGGCUAACCUUGGUCAAUGCCCAUUACGAUUCCGUCUCAACGGGCUUCGGCGCCACCGAUGAUGGCAUGGGAGUCGUGACUUGCUUGCAAGUCCUCAAGUACUUCACCACCCCAGGAAACCAACCCCAGCGCGGCAUCGUGGUCAUGUUGAAUAACGGCGAGGAAGAUUGGCUCUACGGCGCCAGAGCCCUCGGUCAGCACAAGUUGAACCCAUUCAUCCAUACGUUCCUGAACGUCGAAGGCGCCGGUGCUGGAGGCAGGGCAAUAGUAUUCCGUGCCACAGAUCGAGAGGUCAUGGCGGCAUAUGCUAGGACAUCGCACCCUUUCGGUACGGUGAUUGCAUCCGAUGCUUUUGGCAUGGGCUUCAUCUCUAGUGGUACCGACUACUCAGUGCUCGUCGAUGCUUACGGCCAGCGUGGAAUCGAUUUGGCAUUCUUCAAGCCCCGUGCGAGAUAUCACACCAACCAGGACGAUACCCGGCAUGCUUCCAAGGAGAGUCUCUGGCAUAUUCUAUCAGCCUCUAUCCACACGACCAAGCAGCUUUCCGGUGAUACUGGCAACACGUUUAUCGGUCAGAGGCCUGAUAAAGCCCACGGCAAGGUUGCCAACGGCCGUCCCUCUAACGGAGUGUGGUUUGACCUCUUUGGCAAAAGCUUUGUGCUCUUUGGUCUGCGUGGCAUGUUUGCCUGGUCGCUCACUCUUUUGAUUGCGACUCCGCUGAUCUUGGUCGGCAUUACGUGGCUUCUUCGCAACCUCGACAAGGACUACUUCUUCACCUCCACGGUCAAGACUAAGGAGCAUCCCGAAUAUGAAGCUGUUCCUAUUGGUGGAUGGAAGGGCUUCUUCCGAUGGGCUAUGAUGGUGUCUAUCUUUUACUUCUCCUUCUGGAUGAUCAUGCGUGGCGCUAAUUUCGUCCGCCCUAGCGCUCUUCACCGCGGCUACGCCAACCUGUGGCUCUUCGUUUUCGGUUGGAUUGUUCUUGUUGCCGUUACCGCUUUGGAGGACCGCCGUAGGAUUGCGGCCGGCUACAUCUUUGUUUUCCUCGAGUCGGCUAUCUUUUUGUCGUGCCUAAUCUCUUUUGUUGAGCUCUUGGCUCUUCCGAGAAAGUCUGCGUACGCCUUGCAAGUUCAGGAGGACUAUGACGGCCAUGACCACAGCGGAUACCAGGGAUACCGGGACAGUACCGAUGGACUAUCUUCAGGGGCCAGGGCUGAAUCAUCCGCCUCUGCUGGUUCUCCUUCAUCGCCCACCGUUGCGCAGGAACCGAGCAAGCCUACCGCGCCGGCCGGCACUACUAAUGGGUUGUCGACUGCGCCUUCUGUUGCCGCGCAUUCUUCGCAGCCACAGCCUGCUCCCGCGACGCCCACACCUGGCCGUUCUACAAGCGCUCCUAUUCCUUCUACGACACCCCGGGACGAGGACGAAUCGGAAGAUGAUGACGACGAAGCGACUGAGCGGACACCACUCGUUGGCGGUAAUGGCACCAAUGAUCGUGGCCGUACUACGUUUGCGACUACUUAUCGCCGCUCCAUCACCGCGCUGGUACACGGAGCUCGGAAGAUGGAGGAGGACGGGGAGCCAUACGAGCACGAGCAAGACUGGUCUGGACACCUGCCUUCUUGGGCAUGGUUCUUCCAAUUCUUGCUGCUGGGCCCCUUUAUGAUCAUCCUCGCAGCCCAGACGGGUCUAAUGCUCACAGACGCUGUAUACCAGACCGGAUCAGACGGCAGCAAGCUCUUCACGCCCUACCUGAUGAUCUUCUUCUUCACUUUGUUACUUAUCCUUCCCCUUACUCCCUUCAUCCACCGCGUCACCCAUCAUAUUCCUGUGUUCCUACUUGUCGUCUUCAUCGUCACCCUUACCUACAACCUCAUCGCUUUCCCUUUCUCGGCCAACAACCGUUAUAAGGCCUUCUUCGGCCAGUAUAUUGACGUUGCCACUGGCGAGAACAAGGUCUGCUACACCGGUAUUGAGGAGUACGUCCGUCCCAUUAUUGCCGAGCUUCCUUCAGCAUCCGGACGGGACGUCACCUGCGGCAAGUCCCUCCGUCGUGGUUCCACGAUAGCAACGUGCUGCUUCGACGGAUCCGCGGUCCCACCCAAGCUCGGAAGCGAAGAUCUUGACGGCCUCCCCCAGGACAACUACGCCGACAUCAUCACCGUCAACGCCACGCGCAGCCACAAGAAGGGCGACUCCUCAAGGACAACUGCCCGGAUCGAGAUCACGGCUGAUAACACUAAGUCGUGCUUCCUACAGUUCAAGAAGCCUGUGUCGGCGUUGACUAUUGAGAGCGGCUCUGGCUGGGAUGAUCGCUUCGGGCAGUACCCUGAGGACGGAGUGGGGCUAGUUAGGCUCUGGCACAGGGAGUUCGAUAAGACGUGGGUUGUGAAUGCAGAGUGGAAGGGCUCAGAAACCAGGAAGGGAGACGACGAGAAUGAUGGGACAGUGAUUUGUAUGUGGAGUGAUGCGAAUACGCCGGGAACUAUUCCGGCGUUGGAUGAGGCGUUGCAGUUUGUCCCGAGCUGGGCGGCUGUUACGAAAUUCUCGGAGGGGCUGGUAGAGGGGAGGAAGGCUUUUAAGAUUGUGUAA